AUGGGGAGCAGCAGCUUGGGGAUUCAUCAUUGGUCUGUGUUAGCCUCUCAGCGGGUAAUUCUGCCGCAAAAUUCCGCAAAGCCAUUACAAAAGUUCCAUUCUUUGUCCACAACUGUCACUGUUGCUAGCAUUGCCAACUCCAGAGAUUCGUCUGUGAGGUGCCAUAGAGGUUGCUUUGGCUUCACAGCAUUCAACAGAAAGUCGAGGAAGAGUGUACGAGGCUGUGCUACCAACCCAUUUGUUGUUGCCAACGAUGAGAAGUAUGGAAACAAGCAGGUUAUUAGUAUUACUCCACAAGUUUACAAUUACAUUCUUGCCAAUGUUCGAGAGCCAGAGGUUCUACGCCAACUUAGGGAGGAGACUGCCUCUAUGUGUGGUAGUCAGAUGCAGGUGUCUCCUGACCAGGCUCAACUGCUUGCAAUGCUUGUGCAGAUUCAUGGGGCUGAGAAGUGUAUUGAAGUUGGUGUUUAUACUGGAUAUUCAUCGUUGGCUACUGCAUUGGUCCUUCCUGAAUCAGGGAGUUUAGUAGCGUGUGAAAGAGAUGGCAGAAGUCUUGAGGUCGCAAAAAAGUAUUAUGAUAAAGCGAAUGUUUCCCACAAGGUGCAUGUUAAAUAUGGACUUGCAGCAGAUGCAUUAAGAUCACUGAUUCUGAGUGGUGAAGCAUGUAGCUAUGAUUUUGCAUUUGUUGAUGCUGACAAGAGAAUGUAUCAGGAAUACUUUGAACUGUUGCUACAACUUGUCAAGGUUGGGGGUCUAAUUGUGUUCGAUAAUGUUCUCUGGCAUGGAAAAGUUGCUGACCCAGAGGUAAAUGAUGCCAAGACUGUCAGCAUUAGAAAUUUCAAUACAAGUAUAAUGCAGGACAAGCGUGUAAGCAUUAGUAUGGUACCCAUUGGAGAUGGCAUGACAAUCUGCCGAAAAAGGUGA